AGACUUCACACAGAUAAACAGAGAAAGAUGUCUCUCUACAGUGGCAGCACUCUGAGGACUCCCAAAUUUCAAGAUGAAGACAACAGAGAAGAUAAGGUGUAUGGCAAUGUUUUUGCAGAACUGGAAUCUGUAGACCUGCCCUUAGAAACGUCUUUAAGAUCUGUGUACGAUGAUCAGCCCAACGCACACCGAAGGUUUAUGGAGAAACUCGAUGCCAGAAUACGUAACCAUGACAGAGAGAUCGAGAAAAUGUGUAACUUUCAUCAUCAGGGCUUUGUUGAUGCCAUCACAGAACUGCUGAAAGUACGAGCAGAUGCAAAGAAGCUUAUGGGCCAAGUGAGCGACACCAAUCGAAGACUUCAAGACGCCGGACGAGAGGUGACGGCCCAAACCGAAGAGGUCAUCCGUUGUCGAGUCCAGCAGAGGAACAUGGCCACCACGGUGGAGAAGUUACAGCUCUGCAUCCCGGUCUUGGAAAUGUACAGCAAACUAAAGGAGCAACUCGAAUCAAAACGAUACUACUCUGCAUUGAAAACCAUGGAGCAGCUGGAAAACAUUUAUAUUCCCAGAGUGAGCCAGUACAGAUUUUGUCAAAUCAUGGCUGAGACGCUUCCAAAACUCCGUGAGGAGAUUAAGGAAAUCUCCAUGUCCGACCUGAAAGACUUCCUGGAGAGCAUCCGGAAGCACUCGGAUAAGAUUGGGGAAACUGCUAUGAGACAGGCUCAGCUUCAUCGUACAUUUAACAGUGCAGUACAGAAACAGGUGACCCUCACCUGCGCUAAACCUCUGCACGGUCUGAACGGCCGGACGCCACUCCAUCACAACGGCCUAAACACAGAGGAGGCGGCAGAUGAAGAUGACACAGAUGACGAGGUGUUGACGGCCCACGAUCUAGUGGAUUUCUCACCUGUCUAUCGCUGUCUUCACAUCUACACUGUUUUGGGGGAUAGAGAGACGUUUGAAAAUUACUACAGGAAACAGAGAAAAAAACAAGCAAGACUUGUACUGCAGCCCCAGGCCAACAUGCACGAGACAGUGGAGGGCUACAGGAAGUACUUCAAUCAGAUUGUUGGAUUUUUUGUGGUGGAGGAUCACAUAUUGCAUGCCACACAAGGAUUGGUGACCAGAGCCUUCACCGAUGAGCUGUGGAACAUGGCCCUGUCCAAAAUCAUCGCAGUUCUCCGUACACACUCCUCAUACUGCAAUGAUCCUGACCUGGUCUUGGAGCUGAAGAACCUGAUUGUUAUAUUGGCAGACACUUUACAGGGUUAUGGUUUCCCUGUGAACAGACUUUUUGACCUUUUGUUUGAGGUUCGAGAUCAAUACAAUGAAACAUUGCUGAAGAAAUGGGCGCUGGUGUUUAGGGAGAUUUUUGAGCAGGACAACUACAGUCCCAUUCCAGUGGAAAAUGAAGAGGAGUAUAAAGCUGUGAUCAGUCGUUUCCCCUUUCAUGAUGCUGAGAUUGAAAAGCAACAAUUUCCAAAGAAGCUGCCGAUGUCCCAGUCCGUGCCUCAAAUCUACGCUCAAGUGAAGGAAUUUAUUUAUGCCAGUUUGAAGUUCUCUGAAUCGCUCCAUCGCAGUUCAACUGAAGUCGACGACAUGCUCCGGAAAUCCACCAACCUGCUGCUGACCCGGACGCUAAGCAGCUGCUUACAAAACCUCAUCAAGAAACCACACAUAGGAUUAACUGAGCUUGUUCAAAUUAUCAUCAACACCACACACUUGGAACAAGCGUGUAAAUACCUGGAGGACUUUAUCACGAACAUCACCAACGUUUCUCCAGAAACGGUUCACACCACAAGACUCUACGGGCUUUCCACCUUCAAGGAUGCCAGGCACGCAGCCGAGGGUGAGAUCUACACUAAACUCAACCAGAAAAUUGAUGAAUUUAUUCAGUUAGCGGAUUAUGAAUGGUGCAUGUCGGAGUCAGAUGGCCGGGCCAGUGGUUACCUCAUGGAUCUGAUUAACUUCCUGCGCAGCACCUUCCAGGUCUUCACACAUCUUCCGAAUAACAACAAUGAUCAUGCAGCGAUGUCGGGUAAGGUUGCGCAGACGGCAUGCAUGUCUGCCUGCAAACAUCUGGCCACAUCAUUGAUGCAGAUGCUGUUGGACUCUGAGCUCAAGCAGGUCAGCAUGGGAGCCAUUCAGCAGUUCAACCUGGACGUAAUACAGUGUGAAUUGUUUGCCAGUUCAGAGCCUGUACCAGGAUUUCAGGGAGACACGCUGCAGUUGGCCUUCAUUGACCUCCGACAGCUUUUGGAUCUGUUCAUGGUGUGGGAUUGGUCAACAUACCUGGCUGACUAUGGGCAGCCCACCUCAAAAUACCUGCGGGUGAACCCUUCCACUGCUUUAGCACUUUUAGAAAAAGUCAACAGAGGGUACGUAGAUAGUUUAACUUCUAACCCUAACCCAACACUUCACCGUCUACAUUAUAAUUUGAUUUCCACCUUGUAUAUUCCUAGCUAGUCAAUAUCAUCUUUUGUUUUGUCAUUGUUAUCAUUUAUUCAUUCCACGCACCCAUUGAAUUAUAACUUAAUUAACCCUUGUCGCAUGAACAUUUUAGUCCUUUUUCAUUUUUGCAAAUUAUUAAUGCAAAAAGCAUAAAAUUGGCUAAAGGUGUAUAUUGUUUUAUAUUUUACUUUAAUUUCCUUUCAUAACUGUUUUUAAAACUAGUUACGCAAAAUUGGAACACUUGGGUGCGGAAGGACAAAAAUGUCCCAAUUGAAACCCAUUAAACAGCAAGUGUGCUGUUUUAAAAAAUAAAUCAUGCAUUCUGUAUAAAAAUGAUUUUAAUUUGUUGGCAUGGAUUCAAAAUAUAAAAAAAUCUAAUAUUUCAUGAAAUUUUUAGGUUUUGAAGUGUGUACUGCACUGUAAAAAAUAAGUAUCAUUUGUGUCAAAUCAACAUAUAUUUUAAUGUUACCUUAACUUAAAAAAUUAAUUACAUUUAAAUAGAUGAUAUUUAGGGGGGUGGUUUCUCAGACAGGGCUUAUCCUAGGUCCAGACUAAAAUGUUUAGUUUAGUUCAUUUUAUUUAAGGACAGUGCACAUUAAUAAACAUUUCUGUAAAUGUGCCAGUAUUAGCCAGCAGAACUAAUUUUCAACUGUAAUCCAUUUGGCAAGAUGUUAUAUGCACAUAGUAGCUAAAAACGAAACAUAUUAAAUCACAGAACAAUUAAUAUACAUACUGCCAUAAUACUGGCUACAUUAAACAUAAAAUCAUAAAAACCUAAAACAUAUAACCAGACAGCCAUACAACUGUUGGGAAAUUAAUAAAAUUACCAUCUAAUGCAUGUUUGAGCUGGCUUAAUUUAAAAACAUCUUGCACUGGCAUAUUUUAACAUAUAUCAGCGCCAUUGUUUUGUCUCAAGAUGCACACAAGUGUAGUUUUUUUAAGGUUUGUUUGUAAAAACUAUUUAAAUGUUAUAAAAUAAUGAAGGCGUAGUCCUGGAUUAAUCUAAACCCUGUCUGGGAAACCGCCUCAUAGUCAUUUAGCAGAUAAGUGCAGUAGUAGUUGUCUCAUCAAGUCUAACACUGUAUACAUAGCCAAGGGUUAAUUUUUUUAAGGACAGAAAGGUAAAGAUAGAAGAAUAGAAAAAGAAAUUAAACUCCGUAUUAGUAAGUGAAGUGUUGGCGAACAAAAUGUUUUUUCAGCCAAUUUUUGAAGAUGGCUAUGGAAUCAGCAGAUCUUGUUGCAACUGGUAGAUCCAAAGAAGGUACGCGAUAAUGUUUUUUUUCCCUUUUUGAGUGACGUGCACCCUCUUUGGCUCAUUGAAGACCACUCUUGCUGCUGCAUUCUGGAUCAUCUGUAAGGAUUUGGCUGUGCAGGCUGUGAGUCCUGCCAGUAACGCAUUGUAAAAAUCCAGUCUGGAGAAGACAAGGGCUUGGACUAGUAUUUGUGUAGCAU